AUUAUUCUUGGAUAGCUUGGAUGACCCAUCAUAGGGCCGCACAGAUCGGCUACAUUUCAAGACGUCCCAUUUCGGUUGCGCUCAGCUGUACGGCUCAGCGUUUGGAAGAAGGAAGAAUCUUUACAUUCUUUUCUCACGAUUCUCCACUCUGUCGGGUAUGUUGCAUCUACACACACAGUCAACUGAUUGCGUCGCAUGCGUUAAUGAAUGCGAGCGAUUGUGUUCCGAUCGGGAGUGGCGCGCGCGUUAUCGUGGAACUCACCCCCACCCCAUCGUGAAGGGGGAUGGGACCAGAGAAAGUGAUUUGCUCCGAUUGCGAUUCCACCCGGUGGGCUCGCCAUGCGCGGUCAGUGUUGAGUUGAACAUGCACAGUGCGACAAUGCGAUACCGCCGGUGGCCGCUGACGAUCGAGUGCUUGCUGGUUUGUAGUGCCUUCCUGCUGCUGGAACCGUUCCGGACAACAGUUGUCAGUGCGGGAGGCCUGCCAUGCGCGUUGCGUCAGUAUGCGAGCGGCUCGGUGUGCGUGUGCAAUGUGACGUACUGCGACACGCUGGAAUUUACCGAACCGGCCGAGCUCGGUAACUUUGUGCUCGUGUCCAGCAGCAGCGCUGGGUUACGCUUUGCCCAGACCGAGGGCAACUUCACCCGUCAAAGCACCAAACAGCACCGGCUCCGGGCGGAUGACAUUACGAUCACUCUCGAUCCACUGAAACGCUUCCAGACGGUGGAAGGGUUCGGUGGUGCCUUUACCGGUGCGGUUUCGCACAAUCUGAACCGCCUCGAUGGUGCGCUGCGCGAAAGUCUCUACAAAGCGUACUACUCCAGGACGCAGGGCAUCGGGUAUCGGUUUAUGCGCGUGCCGAUCGGUGGCUGCGACUUCGAUCUGGAACCGUGGGCAUACAACGAGCUGCCGAUCAACGAUGCGUACCUGUCGAACUUUACGCUGCUGGAUGAGCGAGAUUUGCUGAAGGUGGCACAGAUCAAGCGGCUGAUGGAAGUGACGGGCAACGAUGAUGUUCGGCUGAUCGGGGCGGCCUGGAGUCCACCGCCAUGGAUGAAGUCGAACAACGGGUGGACCGGCGCGAGUCGACUCAAGCCAGAGUACUACCAAACCUGGGCCGACUAUCACGUGCGCUAUCUGGAGCUGAUGCGCGCGGCCGGGCUAAACUUUUGGGCCAUUUCCACCGGCAACGAACCGCUGAACGGUGUGAUCGGCUUUCUUUUCAUCCACUUCAUGAGCCUGGGCUGGACGGCACCGGAUCAGGGCCGGUGGGUAGGACAGCACCUUGGGCCGGCGUUGAAAAACUCGCCCGUCCGCGAUGUGAAGCUGUUCGGGUGCGAUGACCAGCGGUACACCUUCCCGUGGUGGUUUGGGCUGAUGGAUCAGGGACACCCGAACGCCACGAGCUAUCUGGACGGAUUGGCCGUACAUUGGUACUGGGACGGUGUAGCACCGGCGGCACUGCUCGAUCAAACCGCGGCACGCUAUCCGGACAAGCUGAUCUUCAACACGGAGGCAUCGCUCGGCGAUAAGCCGCUGCAGCAACAUCGUCCCAUCCUGGGGUCGUGGGAACGGGCCGAGUCGUACAUACUGUACGUGAUGCAAGACCUGCAGCACAGUGUGCACGGCUGGAUCGAUUGGAACCUGCUGCUUGACGAGCGCGGUGGCCCGAACUAUGCGAACAACUUCGUCGAGAGUGCCGUCAUUGUGAACGCGACGUCACAGGAGGAGGCGUACAAGCAGCCGAUAUUCUACGGGCUGGGACACUUUUCACGGUUCAUACUGCCCGGCUCGGUACGGUUGGAGGUGCGCUCGUCGAGCAGCGACGUCGCAGUCGUGGCGUUCGAGCGCCCGGACAAGAGAACCGUCCUGGUGUUUUACAACAAAGCCAACUGGAAAUCGACCGUCCGGAUAGAGGACAAACGGUACGGCGGUGUGCGAGUUAGGCUGCCGGCAAAAUCGGUGCAUACGUUGCUUUAUCUGUGAGACUGAAUGUGAACGUGAACCAGCAGUGAAGACUAACGCAGCAAACGAUCGCCUCGCAACAUUUCGUAGAUCGUAGAGUAAAGAAUAAACCCCCACCCCAGCGAACGGGCGCACGUUCUCACAUACCUGGUGCAUUGUAAAGUCAUCAUCAUCUCGGCACUGGGGCCAACGGUAUCCAAUGGUAACGCGCGCGUUCUGCAUUUGAAAGGUUAUGAUUUAUUCGUCGCCUAAUUUAGUGCGCUUUCGCGGCUCUCGGUACGCUAGGCUAGGAUACUUAAGGAUUGUUACACUAAUAAUACCUCUUUUCAUACACGGCACACGAACGCCAGCACCCCAUUGUUGCGGGUCUGUGUGGGUCUGUGCGCCUUCACUUAAGCAAGUAUGUACAACUAAUUAAAGACUUUUGCAUUUUCGCUGUGCCGGAGCGACGAGCUAAGGGAGUGCAACGGAUGUCGUCGGUGGUGCCACGGUUCGGUUGCUUCCCAUGGUCCCGUGCGGAUGAUGCGCUCCGGCCAGCACCACCGGUGACAUGGGCGAGGAGGAUGCGGAAGAAAUCGACGAUGACGAGGAUGAGGUGGACGAAGAGGAGGAGGACGAAGAGGACGAUGAGGAUGCUGGAGAGGGCGAACAGAACGACCCGUACAGCAGCGAAUGGUGUUGAUGCUGGUGCUGGUGUUGCUGGUGCUGUAUCUGAGAUCCAUCGCUGCCGGAAGAUGUGCCACCGUUCAGAUGUGUGGUGGGAACGUUCGCUGGUGGCGUGUGCGCGGACAGGGAGGCUGUUUGUGGCAGCAGCUGCUGGGAUGGCUGCGGGGCGUUGCUGAUACUCUGCACAAUCAGGUUCAGACAGUCCAGGCUAGAACCGGCCACAGAUGCGGAGGUGGAUGUUUGAUUGUACCCUGGGGAUGAAGAAGAAAACAACGCGAGAGUGUUUACGGGUGUCCUUGGUGCAUAUUACCCACACAGGGUAAAGGAUAUGGGGAAAAAAGAGCAGCCCUGGCGUAAAUAUAGAAUCUCGCCCCGUU